CGAGAAUAUGUUUUAAUUCCUUUCAAGUGUACCAAAGUCGAAGUAGUAAUGCAACAUCCUUAGUUGGGUCAGAAAUCGAGUUUUUAUGCCGUUGAGGAAAGCUAGGAUGGAAUAUGAAGAAGAUCAUGGCUAUUUGUAUAGCGCGAAGCGGGCCAACGCCCAUGGCAGCAGAGUUUAGUAGAUUGCGUCUCCGAAAAUUUUCAGAAAUCGGUUCUCUGUUCUCUCUAUCUCACGCCUCCCUCUCAAUAUCUCGACUCUCGUCUUCCUCGAUCUCAUUGUCUGCCCUACGCACGCCCUCUCCUCUCUUCUGAAUUCUGUGAUUCGAUCGCUGCCCACUGCUCACCGGUGACGACCUACUCUGGCCCUGGGCUUCUGCCUUCUGGACUCUCGGCUCUCGAUAUCUGCCCUUAAUCGACCGCCCAAAGUCUGUCCAUUUGUUUCUCUUUCCUAGCUCUCCUCUCUUCUGGCUUCUGGCUUCUGCUUUCUGGACUCUGGUCUGAUAAGUUUGGAAUCUAAAAUAUUGGGGAAGUUAUAAAAAAACCGAAGACGGUAAACUUGAAGCUUUUUAUAAUGGGAGCAUCCAGGGGACAAAAAUUAUCUGGUAUUCAGAAGCAAGUACUUUCAUUGUACAGAGGGUUUCUCAGAACAGCACGAUGUAAAUCCCCAGAAAACCGGAGCCACAUUGAGUCAAUUGUAUCAGCCGAGUUUCGUCAAAAUUCCAAACUGAUCGAUCGCAAGAACUUCCUACAUAUCGAGUACCUGCUUCGUCGUGGUAAAAAGCAACUCGAUCAACUCAAAACCGUUGAUUCCGUUAUGUUAUCUUCGUCAAAUGGAAAGUUUUCUGAUACUACAAAACGAUAAUCUGGUAAACCAUCACUUCUCGCUCCUUUUUACAUCAAAUCCUCUUAUGAUGAUGUUGUUGUUGUUUGUUGUUGUUUUUUCUCAUCUGAUUCCACCUAAUGAUGAAUAAAUAUAUAUAAAGAAAAAAAUAUCCUAGAGUAUUAUUGUCUUUCUGCUUGGUUUAAGCUGAUUGUUACCAUACCUGACUGUUUUUUUUUAUGUAAAACUAUAAUUCAAUGAGAAAAUAGAAGUUUGCUCAUCU